GUGUUUCACCUCAGAUGCAACAAAGUUAGUAAACAUUUUAAGUACUUUUCUUGCCAAAUUUUUAAAAAUAUAUUUGUGAAUAUGCAGAUAAAUAGAAAAAUUUUGUAAAAUCAAAAACAAACAUUUUUUCAUGUAUUCCCUGUACGCACGGUGUUAUCUAGAAUUUCUCAACAACCAAAGUGUUUUACGUUUUUUAGAGCUAGUUCAUUAUUAUGGCAGAUUUACGCUUAAAUGAGCAAGAACUUUGUGGUAUAGGAGCAAUGGACUUCACAGCUGUGGAAUGGAAAAGUUGGUGUCGCCUGUGUGCUAGAGCUGAUACACAAUAUAUCAAUGUCAUUUCCGGACAGUGUCAGCAACUUGUGCCAAAAACUAAUGAAUACAGUAGUAGUAGUAGUUGUAGUAUUGCCCCUGUCAUAGAGGAUUUCUUUCGGAUUCACAUUAAAGAGGAUGAAAAACUCUCGCAGCUGGUUUGUAUAGAAUGUUACCAACUGGUAAAAUCCUUGAUAAGGUUUAGAGAGCGAGUAAAUAAAGUUCAGCAAAUGUACGACGAUCUACAAAAUCAUGUACACAUAGGCAAACUUAACUCAAAAGCUUUGUUUGAAAAAUAUGACUUAAUUGAAAAUGCACCAUUUUUUCCACCUAAUGACAGUAAACUGCCUGUUGAAGAAAUUUUCAUUGCUGAUUUGCCUGUCACAACUAUAUCACAAUCAUCAGGAAUUGAUGUAAAAAGUGAAAAGAAAUCGGAUGAAGUGCAAACGGAUAUAUUUUUACAAGAGUACACAAAGAAGGGAGAAUUUAUUGAUCCGAUCGGUGAUGAAAAAGGUAGUUCUGACAAAGAUUAUUCUCCGAUAGCCCAAGACGAAGAUACUAGCGAUAAUGAAGAUAGUGACAUAGAUUUAGAGUCUAAAAAUAACGAUUCGGAAAAGGUUACACAAAAAUCAGAGGACUCCUCGAAUGUACACAAUCAGGACCUGGAAUGUAGCUAUUAUUGCAAAAUUUGCUCUCAAAGUUUUCAACGUAUCAGGCACUAUACUCUUCAUAUGAAAACGAGACAUGGAGACAUAAUAUGUCCCCAGUGUCCGAAAUCAUUCAAAAAUGCAUUAAAAUUAAGGCAACAUAUGAAAGACCACCCAAGAACGUUUUCCUGCUUACAUUGCGAUAAAAAAUUCGAAACAAAAGUAAGUUUAGCAAAACAUAUAAGAUGUACGCAUGAAGAUGAGCAACCACUUAUUUGUGAAGUAUGUGGGGUGACUUUACGCACGAAAAAACAACUCAGAGAACAUAUGUUGCAACACACUGAUUAUUCGCCAUUUGAAUGCAAAGUUUGCGGUACUUGUUUCAAAGUAAAAAGUCGUCUGAAGAGGCACAUGCAAAUACAUGGAGACAAGUAUAUUUGCCCUGAAUGUGGUAAACAACUGAGUACGCGAGCUACGCUCAAAAGUCAUUUGUUGGUGCAUUCCGAUAAGAUGUCACAUAAAUGUGACUAUUGUGGCCGGUUGUUUAAACGCGCAAAUACACUGAAAAACCACUUAAUUGCCCACACGGAUCUCAGACCUUAUUCAUGUGACUUUUGUGAUAAACGGUUUUCAACUGGGCCUAGUUGUCGUUUUCACAAAAGAACAAUGCAUCCAAAGGAACUAGCUGAGCUAGAAGCGUCGGGUGCUAAAGCAUAUACCAAAAAUAUACCUACUUUGAACGUACUAAAGGCGGUGUCAAGGACAGGUACAAAUUUCAAGCCUCUAGCAUCAAAACAGAAUGGUUUUGCACAUUUCGACAAGGAAGUACAAAUUAAACCUGAAGAUGUGAACUCAAAUCCAACAAAAUAUUAUAAAUCAGAUUUAUUAUAUUUUAAACAUAUUGAAGAGGAUGAUAAAUUGUCGCAGGUAAUUUGCGCCGAGUGUUGCGGAAGUGUAACAAACCUCAUACAAUUUAGUGAGCGCGUAAAUAAGGUCCAACAAAUGUACAAUGAACUACAGAAUUUUACAGGCAAAGAAAAACCAGAUUUACAUUUGUUAUUUGUGAAGUAUGGUAUCCUAAAAGAUGAAUCAUUAAUUCCACAAUGUAGGACUGCCCUUCCAGUUGAAGAAAUUUUCGUUGCCGAUUUAGCGAGUCUAGACGUGGGUGAUGUCCAAAGUAUUAAUGUAAAACCUGAUAAAGUAUCGACUCAACUCCAGGGAGAGUCGUUAUUACAAAACGAAGACAAGAAAGAUGGGUUUCAUGAUCCGAUCGCUGAUGAUGAGGGAAACAUCUACCAAAAUCCUUAUAAUUCGUCGGAAGAAGAAGGCAGUAGUGGCAGUGAAAAUAAAUGUAAUAAUAAAGAUGCUUCAGAAUUCGAAAACCGAAUGAUCCGAAAUAAUAGGAGUAGAAAAAUAUUAAAAAAGUGCCCUGAGAUCUCUGAAGUUGUCGGAAUGAUAAAUGACCACUCUUGCAGCAUUUGCUCACAGAGAUUUCAACGUCGAAGUACCUACUCCACGCACUUGAAGAAGAAACAUGGAGUAAUCAUUUGCUUCCAAUGUCCUAGUUCUUUCAAAAGUGAAUCGAAUCUGAAACGUCAUAUGAAUGAUCACCAAAAGUUUUUCAGUUGUAUACAUUGCGAUGAAAAAUUCGAAAAAAAGGGAUCUAUGAGCAACCAUAUAAGGAAUGAACAUAAGUCUUAUCAGCCAUUUGUCUGUGAAGCGUGUGGUGAAGCAUUACGUACAAAGAAGCAACUGAAGCAGCACAUGUUAAUUCACUCAGAUUAUACACCCUAUAAAUGUAAAGAAUGUGAGAAGAGCUUCAAAGAGAAAUACCGACUGAAGAGACAUUUGGAAAUACAUGGAGACAAACACAUUUGCACAGAAUGUGGGAAACAACUAAGUUGCCGGGCUACAUUAAAUAUGCAUAUGCUAGUGCAUUCCGAUAAAAUGCCCCACAAAUGUGAUUAUUGUGGACGAACAUUUAAGCGUGCCAAAACUCUUAAAUAUCACCUAAUUGCCCAUACUGGUCUUAGGCCAUAUUCAUGCGACUUUUGCGAAAAAACAUUCUCCACCGGUUCAAGUUGUCGUUUUCACAAAAAGACCAUGCAUCCAUUGGAAUUAGCUGCACUGGAGGCUUCAGGAGCAAAGACAUAUACGAAAAAUGUACCAAACUUGGAUAAAUUUCUAAUGUCGGAUACAAAUUUAUAUGUAGCAGAGCCAUCUGUAAAUUGCGCGGAAAUUUUUUUGGAUGAGAAAUGGAAGGGUUGGUGUCGUCUUUGUGCGAAAGCUGAUGGCCGAUACAUCAAUGUUAUAUCGAGACAGUGUUUACAACAGAUUAAUGAAAAUGGAAUUAAUUACGAUAAGAAUAUGGCCCAUGUAAUAGGAACGUUUUUUCGGGUCCAUAUUGAAGAGGAUGAUAAAUUGUCGCAGGUAAUUUGCGCCGAGUGUUGCGGAAGUGUAACAAACCUCAUACAAUUUAGUGAGCGCGUAAAUAAGGUCCAACAAAUGUACAAUGAACUACAGAAUUUUACAGGCAAAGAAAAACCAGAUUUACAUUUGUUAUUUGUGAAGUAUGGUAUCCUAAAAGAUGAAUCAUUAAUUCCACAAUGUAGGACUGCCCUUCCAGUUGAAGAAAUUUUCGUUGCCGAUUUAGCGAGUCUAGACGUGGGUGAUGUCCAAAGUAUUAAUGUAAAACCUGAUAAAGUAUCGACUCAACUCCAGGGAGAGUCGUUAUUACAAAACGAAGACAAGAAAGAUGGGUUUCAUGAUCCGAUCGCUGAUGAUGAGGGAAACAUCUACCAAAAUCCUUAUAAUUCUUCGGAAGAAGAAGGCAGUAGUGGCAGUGAAAAUAAAUGUAAUAAUAAAGAUGCUUCAGAAUUCGAAAACCGAAUGAUCCGAAAUAAUAGAAGUAGAAAAAUAUUAAAAAAGUGCCCUGAGAUCUCUGAAGUUGUCGGAAUGAUAAAUGACCACUCUUGCAGCAUUUGCUCACAGAGAUUUCAACGUCGAAGUACCUACUCCACGCACUUGAAGAAGAAACAUGGAGUAAUCAUUUGCUCCCAAUGUCCUAGUUCUUUCAAAAGUGAAUCGAAUCUGAAACGUCAUAUGAAUGAUCACCAAAAGUUUUUCAGUUGUAUACAUUGCGAUGAAAAAUUCGAAAAAAAGGGAUCUAUGAGCAACCAUAUAAGGAAUGAACAUAAGUCUUAUCAGCCAUUUGUCUGUGAAGCGUGUGGUGAAGCAUUACGUACAAAGAAGCAACUGAAGCAGCAUAUGUUAAUUCACUCAGAUUAUACGCCCUAUAAAUGUAAAGAAUGUGAGAAGAGCUUCAAAGAGAAAUACCGACUGAAGAGACAUUUGGAAAUACAUGGAGACAAACACAUUUGCACAGAAUGUGGGAAACAACUAAGUUGCCGGGCUACAUUAAAUAUGCAUAUGCUAGUGCAUUCCGAUAAAAUGCCCCACAAAUGUGAUUAUUGUGGACGAACAUUUAAGCGUGCCAAAACUCUUAAAUAUCACCUAAUUGCCCAUACUGGUCUUAGGCCAUAUUCAUGCGACUUUUGCGAAAAAACAUUCUCCACCGGUUCAAGUUGUCGUUUUCACAAAAAGACCAUGCAUCCAUUGGAAUUAGCUGCACUGGAGGCUUCAGGAGCAAAGACAUAUACGAAAAAUGUACCAAACUUGGAUGUACUGAGAGCGGUAGCGCGAACGGGGGAAAAUUUUAUGCCUCUGGCAUCCAAACAAAAGGGUUACGUAAAUUUAAAAUAUACAAGGGAAAUCCAAUCAGACGAAGUAAAACCCACUGGCGCUGUGAUAAUGGAUAAAUAUGAGCGCGUAAAUAAGGUCCAACAAAUGUACAAUGAACUACAGAAUUUUACAGGCAAAGAAAAACCAGAUUUACAUUUGUUAUUUGUGAAGUAUGGUAUCCUAAAAGGUGAAUCAUUAAUUCCACAAUGUAGGACUGCCCUUCCAGUUGAAGAAAUUUUCGUUGCCGAUUUAGCGAGUCUAGACGUGGGUGAUGUCCAAAGUAUUAAUGUAAAACCUGAUAAAGUAUCGACUCAACUCCAGGGAGAGUCGGUAUUACAAAACGAAGACAAGAAAGAUGGGUUUCAUGAUCCGAUCGCUGAUGAUGAGGGAAACUUCUACCAAAAUCCUUAUAAUUCGUCGGAAGAAGAAGGCAGUAGUGGCAGUGAAAAUAAAUGUAAUAAUAAAGAUGCUUCAGAAUUCGAAAACCGAGUGAUCCGAAAUAAUAAGAGUAGAAAAAUAUCAAAAAAGUGCCCUGAGAUCUCUGAAAUUGUCGGAAUGAUAAAUAACCACUCUUGCAGGAUUUGCUCACAGAGAUUUCAACGUCGAAGUACCUACUCUACGCACUUGAAGAAGAAACAUGGAGUAAUCAUUUGCUCCCAAUGUCCUAGUUCUUUCAAAAGUGAAUCGAAUCUGAAACGUCAUAUGAAUGAUCACCAAAAGUUUUUCAGUUGUAUACAUUGCGAUGAAAAAUUCGAAAAAAAGGGAUCUAUUAGCAACCAUAUAAGGAAUGAACAUAAGUCUUAUCAGCCAUUUGUCUGUGAAGCAUGUGGUGAAGCAUUACGUACAAAGAAGCAACUGAAGCAGCAUAUGUUAAUUCACUCAGAUUAUACGCCCUAUAAAUGUAAAGAAUGUGAGAAGAGCUUCAAAGAGAAAUACCGACUGAAGAGACAUUUGGAAAUACAUGGAGACAAACACAUUUGCACAGAAUGUGGGAAACAAUUAAGUUGCCGGGCUACAUUAAAUAUGCAUAUGCUAGUGCAUUCCGAUAAAAUGCCCCACAAAUGUGUUUAUUGUGGACGAACAUUUAAGCGUGCCAAAACUCUUAAAUAUCACAUAAUUGCCCAUACUGGUCUUAGACCAUAUUCAUGCAACUUUUGUGAAAAAACAUUCUCCACCGGUUCAAGUUGUCGUUUUCACAAAAAGACCAUGCAUCCAUCGGAAUUAGCUGCAUUGGAGGCUUCAGGAGCAAAGACAUAUACGAAAAAUGUACCGAACUUGGAUGUACUGAGAGCGGUGCCAGCGGAAAGGAAUUACGAUACGUUGUGCACCAUAAUUGUGCGCACACUCAUUUACAACUCGCUCUUGUGGCAUCUGUUUGAAGUAACCAGUUCAGCGGGUCUAUCUAUCCUAGUCGAAGAAUUAGAAUGUUUUGUGAAGCCUGUGGAAUCAAAUGGAAUUUUCGGUUUCCUACCCAAUGAAAAAUUACCGCUCUGCUUGCAAACCACUGGAAUUGAAGAGGACGGAGAUCUAUCCCAUUGGCUUUGUACACAAUGUUUUUCGUUGAUUUCAGCCUUGGUUAAAUUUUCGGAGCAUGUAAAAAAUGUGCAAAACAUGUAUGAUGCUAUUCAACGUUCUGUGAACAGAAAAACUCUGAAUUUGAAAGUGUUUCGAGAGAAUUACAAUUUGCUUGGGAAUGAGUUAUUUAUGUUUAAUUUAUCGGAUAUAAAAUCAAAAGUUGAAAACAUUUCAAUUGAGCCCAAUAUAAUAGUUAAAGAAUCACUGGAUAGUAUUGUGAAGAGUGAAAUAAUAUCGGAUGAAGUCCGAAAUGGAGUAUUUUGCAAUAAGUUCGAAUACAAGAGUGAAUAUCAAGAUCCCCUUGGUGAUGGCAAUGAAAAUGUCGGUAGUGACAUAGAAAGUGUUAACUCAGGAGAAAAACAGAAUGAAGAAAAGAACAUAAAAGUAGAUCAAAGCGAGUUAAAUGAACACUUUCCUAAUCGACUUAGUGCGAAUAAGCACAAUAAAAAGCUCAAAAAAAGGUUGUGCAUCUCUGAGGAAGAUUCAAAGGAACAGAAAAACUUCUGUAGCGAUUGCUCAAUGCAUUUCCGAAGAUUUGGUAAUUAUCGUAAACAUAUGGAAAAAAAACACGGGAAAGUUGAAAAAUUACAAGCCUUUCCAUGUCCUCAAUGUGCUAAACCCUUCCAAUCGAGAUUCAGACUUAAGCGUCACAUAAAAACACAUCGGCCACUGGCAGAUACGCGAAUAUUUCCAUGUCCACUGUGUGAUCGAAAAUUUCAGGCAAAAGAUUAUGUAUCCACACAUAUAAAACUAGUACAUGAAGAUAUUCGCCCAUUUAUUUGCGAAGAAUGCGGCGAAGGUGCUCGUACAAAAGCCACUCUACGAGAUCACAUGCUUACGCAUACUGACUUGGCGCCUUUUGAGUGCGAAAAACACAUGGAGAUACACAGUUCCAAUAAACACAUCUGCAGCGAAUGUGGCUUACAACUGAAUUCGCGCAUAACUUUAAACCGUCACAUGCUGGUACAUUCUGAUGUUAUGCGCCACAAGUGCGACUACUGUGGGAAGGCUUUUAAGAGAGCCAAAACGUUAAAAAUUCAUUUAAUACUCCAUACCGGUCUAAAACCAUAUUCCUGUGAUUUCUGUGAGCGAACCUUUGCGACAGGUUCCAAUUGUCGUGCUCACAAAAGAAAAUCACAUCCAAACGAAUUUGCUGUGUUGGAAGCUUCAGGCGAAAAGACUUACACAAAAAAUAUUCCCAAAUUGACUGUAUUGAAGACAGUAACUGUAAAUAGAGAUUAUGUGGAAUUUUGUCUGAUCUGGAAUACCUUCGAGAUGUCCAGAAGCGGUUACUCAAAUGAUGAUUGGAAGUCUUGGUGUCGCCUCUGUGCUAAAGAGGAUACACAAAAUAUUGAUGUAUUAUCGGGAGAGAAUAUAACACUAACGCCCGCAAUCUCUUCUAGAAAGCACAGCAAAUUUCUUGCCAUCAUAGAGGAAUUCUUUCAAGUUUACAUUGAACAAAAUGACGAUCUUCCCCAUUUGCUUUGUGUUCAAUGUUUAUCAUUGGUUUCAGCCUUGGUUAAAUUUUCGGAGCGUGUAAAAACUGUGCAAGAUAUGUACGAUGCUAUUCAAUAUUCAGACCGAAAAACAUUGGAUUUGAAAGGGAUUCGAGAAAAAUUUAAUGUGUUCGAGGACGAAUUAUUUAUGUUUAAUCUCUCGGAAACAAAAUCAACUGUUGAAAAUGUAUUAGAUGAGGAUAUAAAUGUUCUAAGAUCAUUAGAUGAUAUUGUGAAAAGUGAAAUAAUGUCGGAUGAAGUACAAAGUGGAGUACUUUGCAAUGAGAUUGAAUGCAAGAAUGAAUUUCAAGAUCCUUUUGUUGAUGUAGUUGAAAACAUUGGCAGCGAAGUAGAAAGCGUUAUUUCUACAAGCAGCAGUAAACCAGACAUUUAUAUUAAGGUAGAUGAAGACGAGACGAUGGAUAACCUUAAUGAACAACACAUUUCUUACAACAACAGAUUACUUAGCUCUAAGGAAGAAUCAACGGAAGACGAAUAUUUCUGUGUCGACUGUUCGAGUCAGUUCCAACGCCUGAGCAAUUAUCGUACACAUUUGAAGAAAAAACAUGGAAGAGAUUUGGAGCCCGUGAAAUGUCCUGAAUGUCCUAAAUUCUUCGUGGGUAAACAAAAACUAGAUCUCCAUAUAAAAUCACAUCGGCCACUGUCGGAGAGGUGUAUAUUUCCAUGCCCAGAAUGUGACCAAAAAUUUCAACACAAAGCUUCUGUAUCCACACAUAUAAAGCAUGUGCACGAAGAUAUUCGCCCAUUUAUUUGUGAAGAAUGUGGAGAAGGUGCCCGAACAAAAGCUAGACUACGGAUGCAUAUGCUCGUACACAGCGACCUAGCGCCUUUUAAAUGUGAUGUAUGUGAGAAAGCUUUUAAAGAUAAGAAGCAUCUAAAGAAUCAUAUGGAGAUACAUAGUUCCAGUAAAUACACCUGUAGUGAUUGUGGCUUGCAACUAAACUCACGCGUAACCUUACGUCAACAUAUGAUUGUGCAUUCUGAUAUUACCCCCCACAAAUGUGAUUAUUGUGGGAGUGCUUUCAAACGUGCUAAGAGUCUGAAGAGUCAUUUAAUACUCCACAGCGGUCUCAGGCCAUAUCCUUGUGAAUUCUGUGAAAAGACGUUUACUAGUAGAACGAGUAGCCGUUCUCACAUGAAAAGAAUACAUCCUGAUCAAUUCGCUGCUUUAGAGGCUUCUGGUGAAAAAGCUUACACGAAAGAUGUACCAAAGUUGUCCGUGUUAAAGACAGUAAUGCAAUCAACAGAACUCGAUCUUAAACCAGUUGUCCAAAAACGACGCGUUAAUUUUCCAUUGGAUAAAAAACCAAAGACUCACUCGAUUGAGGCACCAACCGGUGCUACCACAACACCCGCUCAGAAUAGAUGCUGCGGAAAAAAAGAAGGUGCCAACUUAUCAACGAGGAGUGGCAUUCCAUCGUGAUUGGCGUUAGAGAAACAUUUUCUUCUAAUUUGCGAUGCACUUUAUUUUACUUGGUUGUUACAGCCUAAAUUGGAAGCAUGUAGACCGAGUCAAAGCAUUAUUAUAACAGAUGAAAUAAAUUAAAUUAUUAAGGAACAUUUAAAUUGCGGUUGCUAGUAAUCAAAGGGAAUCACAGUUCCUGUAAGCACAUCAGCAUGAAGUGUAUCUACUCGUCAUAUGCUUGUAAUGCUGAAAUGAGCAUAUUUAUGGAUGUAUAUAAUUGGCGCGCACACCCUUUAUUUGGCUAAUCUCCUCCUAUUUGUGAUGUGCGUCUUAAUGUUGUUCCACAAAUGGAGGUACCUACAGUUUUAAGCCGACUCCGAACGGGAGAUGAUUUUUGUAAGAGACUUUUUCAGAAAUACACUCGAAGGCUUGUCAUUGCCUGCCUAAAAGCGACACGGCCAUUAGAAAAA